AUGGGAGGCUGUCGUUGCACGUUUCGUUCUUGUGAGCAUGGAACCGCCUCAAGACCGGACCUUCAUUACUUCCGGUAUCCCGUGAAAGAUCCCGAACGGCUGAGCGCUUGGAUAAAGAACUCUCAGCGGGCUGAAUUCAUCAAGCUACCGCAGGACAAACUGUCGAACAAAGUCGUGUGCCAGGAACAUUUCGAGCGAAAAAUGUUCAUGAACUAUUUGAGGGAGCGACUGACGAGAACUGCCAUACCGCGGCUGAUGCCGGUGCCAGGAGAAGAUACGCGAAUUAAUGUCGAAACGGGCGACAUCGUUGGUCCCGACGUGGACGAAGGACAAACACGCAAACCGGAAAUUGUCACACCGUACACCUGCAAGCAACGCGAGCAGCGACCCUCGCUAGAGCUAACGAUUAGUACGAAGGAGGAACAGCCGCAGGAAACAAUGCCAACACCGCCACUGAAGAAGAUGAAAAUUCUAAACCCCGAAAUAUUGGUUUCGAAACGAAAAGAUUCGCCUGGUACAGUCGUGCGCAAUGGAAUGCAGCCACCUGGUCGUAUUAUCAUCCACAAACCACACGAAACAGUUCUCCUGAACAAGAUGGUCUCAAAGCGUACGCUAGACAGCGGUUCGAGCGAACAGCGUAUCAUCAACUCGCCCAAGCUCGCUGCAAAUGUUACACAUUGUGUUCUAAAAGAGGAAAUUGUAACAAUCCAAGACGAACCAGUUUUUAGCCCUGUAGCUGCCGAGCAGAACUUCGACGACGUCGACAACGACAGCGACACCGGUGAAGUGAUUAGUACAACGGAAGUUGCGACGACGCAAACGACGAGUACCCCGACAGCAGAGUCCGCGCCUAUGGACCCGGCGUUUGCGAAAGCGCUCAAAGAGAGCAAACAAGAAUUGGCCAACCUAAGGCAGGUUAUCGAGAUGCUUGCGAAUCGACCGGUACCGCAACCUACCACCAUUAUCACCCCACAAACGGUGACACCGCCGAUGAAAAUGGAAAAAGGGCCACAGCUCACCAAAGCGCAACUGUUCAAUGGUAUCAAACGGUACCUGAACCCUACGAUGGUGACACUACUGCGGAUGGAACUAUUCGCCGGAUCGGCCGAUCGACCGUGGAAAUCUGAUGAGAAAGCACUAGCCGUGGAUCUGCUCAGUAUCGGUGCGAACGUGUACGAUCACUUUGCCCAAGAGUUCCGCUUCCGAUUGCCACCGGUCAGCGAGGCUGAGCAGUGGAAGGAAUCGGGUGAGAUCGAUGCAGACGAUGCGUGUUAGUUAGCCGGACUGUGCCGACACC